AUGUCGGACACUCAAAGCUCAUCCUUGGCCCUUCAACUCCUUCUACAUGACUUGGAGGAGCUAGAAAGUCAGCAAAAGGACAAACAAGCUCUGGGAGAACCCACAGAUCUAGAAUUCGCCAUAACCCGCCUGAGAGAAGAUAUCCAGACUGCGCAAAUCCGUCUCCAAGACAGCAUUUUGGCCCAGAGCACCAUUGCCGCUGUUGCAACGGACCAAAACCUGCUGGCAUCGAUUAAGAGCGAAGAAAACCUUGCAAUCAGAGAUCGUGGAUAUGCUCUUGAUCUGAACAGAAACGAUGGUGAGAUUGAACAGCAGGAUGAGGCCCAAGAAAACGAUGAGGAGGAUGCGAUCUCGCUUAUCAUGGGGGACCUGAUGAGUCGUAUUCCAUUGCAAAACACCUUGGAUAAUGGCGAAAGCUUGUCCCUCCCCGCAUACCGGCCUCAAGUCUUGGAAAUCAAGAAAGAAUGCACUGGAUGCCUUGAAAUGACCGAGGAUAUCAUGUUCGAAGGUGCAUGCGGUCAUUCAUUUUGCCUUGCCUGCGUCCGUCAACUUCUUCUCGGUGCAACGACAAAUGAAGAAAUGUAUCCACCUCGGUGCUGUGGAACGCCCGUAUCACCCGCGACUAUUAUGAGGGUUCUCAAUUAUCAGGAGCUUCGAGCCUUCUGCGAGAAAGCGAUGGAAUGGACUUCCAAAGAGCGCCUGUACUGUGCUAAUCCAGCGUGUUCGAAAUUCAUCUCUGGCUCAAAUAUCAAGGACCAGAUAGGUACUUGCAAGGACUGCAACACACAGACUCACCUGGUAUGCCGCUCUAUUGCACACCCCGGAAUUGACUGUCCAGAUGACGACGCCCUUCAAGGUGUCUUAGAGCUAGCCAGUGCCGAAGAAUGGCGACGCUGCAAUAAUUGCCGGGCGAUGGUGGAGUUGCAUUAUGGUUGUAAUCAUAUUACAUGUCGGUAUGUGAAUGGCUGCUACUAA